UCCGGCAUCGCCGCUUUAAGCGGAGGACCAUGCUGGGCGCGGGGGAGGGUCCCCCCGCUUCCCCACGUGGUCUCGGUCGGUGCCUGUGAAUUUCAAUCGCUGGAGGGUAGCUCUUGGUGCAGACACCGGGCGAAGCUGCCGGCGGAACUGCCGGUCCCGGAGCUGAGAUCCCGACACCCCCUAGCCGGCCCCGAGGCUACCACCUCCGCCCGCCCAGCAGCAGCGUCUCAGCCGGGGGCUGGAGGGUCCCGGCGCCCCGCGCGGCGAUGAAUGAGAGUCGCCCGGAGUCGGGGAGCGGCGGGGCUGCACCGCCGCCAGGUCCCGGAGCAGCGGAGUGAAGCGGCGGCGGCGGGAGGAUGAAGCGGCCGGGCCGGGCCGGGCUGGGAUCCCUGGCCGCGCUCUGGCUCCUGGUGCUGGGCUCGCUGCUGGGGCUCUGGACCGGCUUGCAGCGGGAGCAGGAGCAGACGGCGGAGCAGGAGCGGCGCUUCCCCGCGGGGACAGCCGGCCGGCGGCUGCCCCAGGAACAGCGGGGCUGGGAGCGCGGCAGCACCGGAGCUUCGGCUCCCGACCGCCGCUCCACGGGGCAGGGCGAGUCCCGCGGCGCCCAGAAAACUUUCCGAGCGCUGCUCACGCUGCCGGCCGCCGGGGACAGGGGCGAGCCCCUGGAGGGGCCGGAGCAGCCCGCGGAGCCCGGACAGAGCUCGCAGCCGGAGCCCCGGCAGAGGCACAACUUGGAGCCUGGUUCCAGGGAGCGGCUGGCCCAGGAGGCUCCCGCGGACCCCGCCUCCCCCGUGCAAGGGGGCAUCUUCUGGAGCCGAGCGCUGGAGCAGCAGGUGCCUCCGGGCUUCGACCCCGAGCAGACGGCCUUGUGGUUGGAGACUGCCCGGGCGGCUCGCGUCGCCUCCCUGGAGCGGGGCGGGUGCGGCCGCAGCUCCAACCGGCUGGCCCGGCUGUCCGACGGGAGUCGCGCCUGCGUCCGCUACGGCAUCAACCCGGAGCAGAUCCAGGGCGAGGCGCUCUCCUACCGGCUGGCAGAGCUGCUGGGCAUCCAGCAGCGCCUGCCGCCCAUGACCUUGGCCCUGGUGGAAGCCCGCGGCAGGCAGUGGGGGCAGGUGCGAGACGAGCUGCGGGGCUCGCACUGGGUCGAGGGGGCGGUGGUCAGCCUCACCCAGUGGGUGGACAACUUGACCGACGUGGUUGCCCCCGCUCCCUGGAGAUCCGAGGCGGGGUCGGGUAGGAGACUGCAGCCUCUGGCGGCUGGGGAGCUGGGCGGCCUCACCCAGUCCCAACUUGUGGAGCUGGUGCAGUGGACCGACCUGAUCCUCUUUGACUAUCUGACGGCCAACUUUGACCGGCUGGUCAGCAACCUCUUCAGCCUGCAGUGGGACCCCAGGGUGAUGCACCGGGCCACCAGCAACCUACACAGGGCACCCAACGGGGGCCUCGUCUUCAUAGACAACGAGGCGGGCCUGGUGCACGGCUACAGGCUCCUCUCCAUGUGGGACAAGUACAACGAGCCCUUGCUCCGCUCCGUGUGCAUCUUCCGGGAGGCCACUGCCCAGCGGGUGCGGGACCUGCACCGCCUGCAGAACGCAGCCUCGGAGCUGCUGAGACUCUACCGGACUCACGAACCCCUCUCCGGCCGGCUCGGCUUCCUGUCCGAGCAGCAGGCGCAGCUGCUGCAGGGCAGGAUAGACUUUGUCCACAAGCACAUUUUGCACUGCAAAGCCAUGGCCACAUCACUGUGAUCAGUUUGUCUGUACUGUCCUGUAUUUAUGUAACCCGAGCGUGAGGAGUGGGUUUUCCCCACUAACCUUUUUGCAGUUGUAACAUGUUCUGGGACUCUCUAAAUAGGAGACUAAAAUCAUUCGUUCAGGAACCAGUUUCCUAGUGGGAAGGAGGAGUAUGCUAGUGGGUUGAGUACAGGACUGGGACCUCCUGAUGGUGGUGUAAAGGGCCCAGUUUCCUCAUUUCUGGGUGCUGGAGCCUUUUUAAUGGUCCAUUUAGUUGAGUGCUUAAAAGACUAGUCUUGUGAGACACUGGAGUCCCCUUCGCGCUUUUUUGACCUCGCGGGGAGUCGAAUGUACUCAGCCACCUAGGAGAGUCACUGGAGUAGGAUUGGGCCCUCUACCUGGCUUUAGAUGCCUCAAUUUAAUUUGAAUAUUCUUUGCCCCGUGAAUUCCUGUUGUUGGCCUCUGUGAAGGGACCCUAAAACAUCUGCUUCUGCUCACUGCAUCUGUGAAGCAUGGGUAAUAAUACUUACCUGCCUGCCUGGCAGGGCUUUUGAGAGGAGUAAUUAGUUAAUGUUUCUAAAGCGUUCUGAAGAUGAAAACUGCUAUCAGUAUUAUUAUAUCUCUUUGUAUUAGUUCCACACUGGGUCUCUUGCCAGAGUUUAAAAAAAAUCAUGCCUCUUAAGUAUUUCCCUUUUUACUCACUCAGUACAACUGACCACUUAAAAGACAGUGUACAAAAUCUAUUGUCCUUAACUGGACUGGGAUCAACUACCUUUCUUCUAAUGGAGGCAGGCAGGUACACUUAUGUAUUUUGUUGUUACGAUCAUUUAUUUAAAAAAAAAAUUGACAUUCAUAGACUAAGACCUGAUUGCACAUAACAGGAGCCCUUGACUAGCAAAACUGCCCCAACUAUGGAGGCUCUUUUCCUAUUGGUGUCUCUAUCCAGAAUGGAUCUCUUAACUGUUUGUUAAUCUUGUCAAUGAAAAGUAUAUAGAGAGUCGAUAUUCCAGUGUUUGUCAUCUUUGUUGUUGGAAGCAUCUGGUUAAUCUGAUUCAGGUUAUAAGUGUCUGUUAUUUCUAAUCACUGUCAUUUGGUUUGAAUGCUAAAAUAACUGACUAAUGGGUAAAAAGAAAUCAUCCCAGGGUUUUAAAUAUUGUUAUUGUACUAAGAUUUUGGACACAUUUGUCAAAUUGGGGGGAAAUCAGUUUCAUGCACUUUACUUUGACUUUUUAUUUUUUAUAAGAAGACUUUUAUUUUACAAAGUCUGCCUUUUCUGUACAUUAUAUAUGUUCAUAAGUUCUUCUGUAACAUACAAAAGAAACUGAUAUUUCAGUAAAAGGGUGUUAAUGUUUUA